AUGUGCUGGGCUCCGGAAGACUGGCAGUUGGUCCGGAGGCGAAGUCGGCUGAAUGGUGUUGUUACGACACCCCAGCAGCAGCUGCGGACGUGCAAUGCAUAUCCAUAUGAAGCCGCAAUUGACAUCUUUAGAGGGAAAGAGAAGCUGACAACAGACAAGCAGCUUCCAUACAGACAGUGCCGCGACUUUGACGUGUCCCUGAAGGAGAAUGACAAGUUGGACUUCAAGAUCGGCAACGUCACCACCGGCACAUUCUCUGUGUCGGAGCUGCCGCAGUCGAACGCUCUUCUUCUGCUGGUGAUCUAUCGUCACGACGUUGAAAGCACCGCAGUAUCGUUCGAGUCUCACAUGUUCAUGGCAGACGAGCCGAACCCGCAGGUUGCUGUGAUCGACACAUUUCUGGGCACGACAGAAUACAGGCCGAUCAUCUAUGCUGGCAACCUCUCGGAGACACUUCGAUUCGGCAGAGUCAUCUCUUUGUCCCCGGGAGACUACGCCAUUCACCUCCAGAACGAUGCCAACGUGACUCAGGAUGUGGUGCCCGUCCGAGCACGAACAGGUGACAAGUAUGUUGUGCUUCGCUCCGGCAUCCAGGCCCAGCGCGGGCCCAGUUUCCAGCAGGAGCUCAUGAUGUACCCUGAGCCAGAAGAGGAUCUUCUGCACAGCUUGAAGAGCAGCGCUAGAUCCAUGGGGGCCAGCUCUCUGCUGAUUCCUACCAUCAUGAUCGCUUUCCGGCAGCGCCUGGGAAGCCUCGCGCUGCUGGCAGCGCUGCUGACACAAGUGCAGGCGACGCAGCUCUCACCUGGGACGCCGCGCAAAGCUUUCGAGGCCGCGGCCCCCAUCCAGAUGCCUCAGCUGAGGGUUUGCAACGCAUUCCCCUCCAAAGAGCCGCUCUCUGUGGCCUGGAGAGACGUCAUCCUAACGGGUGAUGAGCCGUUGUCGUACAAGGCAUGUCGGGACAUACCUUUGUCGAGCGCAAUGAAGGCAGGUGAGAAGCUGCACAUCGGCUUGCGAAAUGGUCCAAGCAACACUUUCCAACUUUCGGAACUUCCGAAAUCUUCCUCGCUUUUGCUGUUGGUCUGCUUCCGACAGGGGAAGACCGCCCUGGAUCUUUCCUUCCGCUCGCAUGCUUUCGAGCCGAUACAGAAUGAGUCGGUCUCCAUUGCAGUGCUGGACACCUACGAUGGCUCUGACAAGUCCGAAGUGCGGAUUGGUCGCGACAUGGAAGUGAACACAGGUGGUGGUGAGCAGAUGUGGUAUGACUCAGUUGUGUCUGUCAGUCCAGGCAACUACCGGCUCUGGCUACGGAGCGAAGACAAGACGAAGGAUGAUCUGCAGUUCGCUGCGAGCACGGCAACUACUUAUGUAGUCAUGCGCGUCGGAGGCGAACCUCACGAGUCGUCCGAUGGUGCGGAGUUCCCGCAGGAGCUCAUGAUCUUCCCGCGGAAAGAGACAGAGGGGGAGCCACUGCGGGAUGACUUCGCUCACCACAGGGAGAUGGGGCCUGUGGUCUGCGCGGCGAAGCCGGCGGUAAGUUUUGCCGAUCAGAAGCCCAUGUGCCAGCCGUGCGCAGCCAUCAGAAUCGAUGACCCCGUCAAGAGGUGCAUGUUUAACACCACCACCUGCGAAAAUGUGGGGCCUGGCCAGACCUGCGAGAUUGACUGUGCUGCGCCGUUCGUACGGAUGGGAAACACCAGCAUUGGCGUGUGUGCAGCCGGGAAUAGUGUUCCGAACAGGAUGCUGGUGUGGGAAGAACCCACCUGCACUUGCCCAGAGCCAGUACCACAGCAGGGCUAUUCAAAGGACAGUGCUGGGCACUGGCACUGUGCACAGGGCUUUGCUGGGAUGCCGGAGAUUGUCUGCCAGCCACUUCCAGGCUGCCUGGGAGUGCAGACGUUCCUGCGUGGUUGUGAGAAGCUGGUGCCCUGCGCGAUGCCCUCCGUGGACAACUGCAGGUUCGACGUUUCUCGCUGCACCCAAGUUCCACCCGGAGGGACCUGUGAGAUUCAUUGCCAGCGGCCCUUGACUGGAAAUCACACAGUGGCAGUCUGCAAGGAUCUCAACACAGAUCCUCUCCAGGAGUUGGAGUAUUUCCCUCUCACCUGUCUCCUCGAGUCCUGCCCAGACCCAUCUCCUUGGCCAAUGGGCUACAACAAGACCCCUGAGGGCAAGUGGGCGUGUGCCAACGGCUAUAACGGCACUGCCCGCAAUCGAUGCGAGUUGAGUGACACAUGGACUGCGGACUGCUCUGCUGCAGCAGCUCUGACUGGCUGCCGGCCAGUGGUCCCUUGCUUGGCUCCGACCGUAACUGGAACGGAGUUCUGUGCACUUGAUUUCUCUGCCUGCACCUCCGUAGAUCCUGGCGAGCAGUGCGAGGUUCACUGCAAGAACCCCUACACUGGGGCCAAGACGGAGGCUUACUGCCCGCAAGGGAACACGAAUCCCAACGGAUUGGUUUGGACGCGGCCCCCGUGCAUCUUGGAGACCUGUGAUGAACCCGGGACCAUCCCGGCGGGCUUUCGCCGUGUGAAUGACGUGUGGGAGUGUGCCCAAAGCUACACCGGCUUCGCCCAGAAGGUUUGUGACAUGACGGACAACUGCGAGGUUAGGGCUGUCCUACAGGGCUGUGCCCAGCUUGUGCCUUGCCAAGCGGAGCAGUCUGACUGUCGCCUGGAGCUCGGGGAGUGCGUGCGUGUUGAGCACUUCAAUCACUCGAUGCAGACCUGGCACGUGAAGCGAGGCUACGACAUGUACGGCUGUGUCAGCGUCCAGCCCGGAUCUACCUGCCGGAUUCGAUGUCAGGUUCCGUUCGCUGGCACGGAGACCAUGGGAACAUGUUUGGAUGGCAACACCGCCACCGACGGUUUGGUUUGGACACCGCCUGUCUGCACGAUAGACACUUGCGCCGACCCGGCUGAUGGUGGUGGCUAUCAGAAGGUGGAGAACGUGUGGGAGUGCGCCCCAGGCUACUCAGGCAUGGCCACAAAGACCUGCCAAUGGGCGGAGGAUGCUUGUGAAGCCAGCCCAAUGCUCUCCGGCUGUGUGCCGGAGCAACCUUGUCGCCUGCCAGAUCUGGGCGACGUACCUUGCAUGUACGACACGUCGGGCUGCAUGAAUGUGGAGCCCGGAAAGGUGUGUAGCAUCCGCUGCCAGGCUCCUUACAUCGGACCACAGACGGAUUUCACCUGUCCGGUGGCUAACACGGACCCUGAGAUGCCCUUGCAAGGUGUGUUGCCCGUCUGUGGCUGUGCCGAAGCGAACCCAAUCCCGCCUGGAUACAAUGUGACUCGCGACCAGUUUGAGAACACGGUGACCUAUUCCUGUGCCACCGGCUACGCAGGUGUUGCACAGAAGGUCUGCCUUCCUGGCAGCGGCCCCGAAUGCACUGUGGAUCCGCUCAUGACAGGUUGUGCGAUCCCCUUGGCUUGCGAGGCCGUUUUCCAAGACGAAGGCUCCGGAGAGGGCCUGGCGCGUGGGCACCUUCACUUCGGGCCAGCAUUGGUGGGCGCUGCCGUGGACGAGGCCGACGUCUUGCGAUACGAAGUCUAUUGGGCUGACAGCUGCGAAGACCGCGUGGAGCAGCAGGCUCUGGGCAGAUCUGUGUCUGGCCUGGGCGAUGCCUGCUGCAGGACGGACGUGUAUCGGGUCAGCAUAGACAGCCGGAAGCCGAGCACUGCGACGGGCUUCGUCGUCUACGCAGUCCUGGAGUCCGGCUUGGCACCUGUCGGCGUCUAUGUUCACUUGAACGAGACUCUCCUGGAUCGCGCGAUCAUCUCCAGCAAAGCCACUGCCGGUGCUCCAGCGGCUCGGCGGGCGAAUAGCACCUGGCCUCCUGCCGUCUGCGGACUCAUGGAAGCCCUAGAGCUCGCUCAAUCUUACUCUGAAUAUCUCCACGCAAACGCUUGA